ACGAAAGGUACGAUUGAUGGUAUCGCAGUUGCCAAAUGUGUUUCGCCAAAGAGAGAGGGUCUACAUAAAUUCUUUUCGAUUUCAUUAUCAUUUCUUUUAUUACUCUGACAUAAGGAUUUAAUUAUAUCCACAUUUUUCCAUGGAUCGGAAUUCAAUCAAAUUCGCAGUGUCCUGGUUCCGAAGGUAAUAUCGGCGCGCAUGGAAAGUAUGGUAUAAGUGACAGCGGUGUCACGAGAAAUAAAUCUGAUAAAAAUGACGUGGUGAAGAUACGCUUAUCGUUUGACGAGAGAGCGUCGAGGGAGUUACAAGAAAUAGAAUGGAGGAGAGCACAAGUCCGGAAAACGUUUGGCGCAAAGGCAAGCCCGAGGAGCAAAGCGAACUAUUCCAUGGGGAAUCCACGACUGCAUCUGUAGAUGCUAAUUCUACAUCGUUAGCUGAUAUAUUUGAUACAGCAUUUACCUCAACGGUUGAUCCAUCUCCGCAAUCUCGAUUUCCUUCAGGUAAUGAAAUGGACUAUGAGCAUUUAUUUGCAGAAAGUGAUAUUGAAGAAUCGGAUGUAACAGCUAUAGGUCCUUAUACAAAUUCAGCACAUCCUACUGCUUCUGAGAAUAAUUUUGUUUAUGGGAAUUAUUUAACCCAACCAGAUACAACAGCUGAUUCACAGGAAUACUGGCAAACUGAUCUUUUAAAUUGUAACAUGUGCCAAAAUAGACAAGAAAGGAACACCAAAAAGGAGCCUCAUACUCGGCAAUUGAACAACUCGUGCGAAGAGAGGAUGUGUGAUAAUUAUAAAAGAAAGAAAGUUUUGCACGAACGUGAUGUGCCAGUCAAACAUAAAACGAAAAAAAAUGAAGAACAGAAGUUAUUGAGCGGUCAACAACCAGAUAGUUUGAGUAUAGCCGGACCAUCUAGAUUGUCUGAUCACCCUAUUUCAAACAACAUAACAAGAUCAAUGGAGAAUGCAAGUGUUUUGCAAAAUCUAGGAAGUGAUAAUACCAAUGAGUCUGGUAAUUUGUAUCACUCAGUUAUGUCAAAUAUGAUAACUCCUGAAGAAGUGCACACAACUCAAAAUGAUGAUCCACCAUUGGCACCAGAUUUGCAACUAGAUUGGUCCUCCAGUAGCGAUAGUGAUGAUGAAGAUGGUUCAGUCGAAGUGCUUGGAACUGUUAAUCAUAAUACUAAGAAUUCAUUAGAAAAUACAAGCGGAGAUAAUCGUACAGUCACUGUAGUUGAUCUGACUGUAGAAUCUGAUGAAGAGCACACACCGUCUGCGCCAACAAAUCCAGCGUCCACUCCAUGGUCUGUCACAUACGAUCUUAAUCAUGCUCACAGAAAUAAUGUGCACUGUAUGCAUGGAUCGUCAGAUUAUAGGAAUCAUGUGUACCACAACAGGCACACCUAUCACAAUCACAGAGUGUCUGUUUUACAUCCAACUGUUUAUGGAUCUGUAACAGGUAUUGCUCCUUCACGUUCAGAAAUUUGUCCAUCUCUUUACGGAUCUGUAACAGAUGCAAAUAUAGGAAAUAUAGCUGCAAAUAUAGCGAGACCACGCAUGCAUCCUAUGCAGGAGAGAUUGUGGAUGAAUCAACAGCGCAUGCAAGAAGUACACAGGCGUAGACUCUACCACAGAUCUCCGUCACAUCAUGCUGCGGGUCCGUGCAAUGCUCAUGUGCACUCGUCGACGCAACACACUUGCGCAGGAGGGAAUAGCAGUCCCUCGAACGCGCGAUGCAACGGAACGGAUAACACGGCGUACACGGAGAAUUAUCUGACGCCUCCCAUUUUACCGCCGCCGCAGCAACCUACCGUCUACAGCCAUCCUGAGGCUCGCGGGCCACCCAGUUUCGGAUCGCCAUGCCCUGUGCUGCCUAUAAUGUUAAAUCCGUUGAAUGGCGUGGAAGAGAUGGAACCAACUUCUCCGGUGUUAUUACCCCCGAUGCCGGUACACCAGCACGUGCAUCAUCACAUGUAUCAUUUCGAUCCGCACCAACGAUCGUCACAACGUCUGCACCACGUUCACAUCAGUUUACACGGUUUACAUCCUCAUUUGGAAUCGAGAUCCGGAGCACACGACAUGAUGCCUUUGGCUUUCCCAGAUGUGGUGCUGCAACAAACAAUUAGACAACAAGCGGCUCGGUUGGAUAAUUAUAUGAUGCGUAUCGUUGAUUUGCGACGCAUGGCUCAGAUAAGUUGUGGGGCUACGCAGGAGUCCAUUGAAAGCCACACAUUCCCUCAUAAGUAUAAACGGGUAAAAAAGGUCGAAAAUGGGGAUGAUGCUACUGAGAAAUGUACAAUAUGUUUGUCUGAAUUUGAAGAUUGUGAAAAUGUCAGGAGGCUUCCAUGUAUGCAUUUAUUUCAUAUUGAUUGCGUUGAUCAAUGGCUAUGCACCAAUAAGCGUUGUCCUAUAUGUCGAGUGGAUAUCGAAACUUUUCUCCAUAAGGAACUCACUACUUCGGCAUAGUUUAAGAUUUCUCAUAUCUGCCUCUUUUUAAAGUGUAAUCAGGUAACAUCUAUAUGAUAUCAAAUAUUUCAAGAUGGUCCACCCAGGAGAAAGUGCGCUGGGGUCAUCACUACUAUGGAUUAAUGGUGUAAAAAUAUUAUUGAUAAUCAAAAUAAUAAUGAAAGAACUGAGACGCGGUUCCUUAAGACAAAAAACAGUUGUCGUUCGAUUUUAUGGUAGAUCUAAUGAUGGUUUUAUGCAUAUUGAUAAUUAUAAUUACUCAAGACUAAAUUUGUUUAUGGUACAUUAAUAAUUAAUUAAUAUUUCUAAUUUUCACAAUUGUUAUAUAUUUACGUAGGAUGGAAAACACAACAAAAAGACAUUUCGAAAUUAUUUGCAUAAUUCAGUGAGGAUAGUUGUAAAAUUAUAUUAUGUAUUUUGUAAAAUACAUAAUGUAAUAAAAAAAUAUAUAAAGUGUACAGUUUGGCAAUUUCGAAAUUACUUAAUUCAAUGUCGAUAUAUAACGCUUCUAAGUAUAAACAUAAUAAAUUGUAUGCGUUCAGUGUAUUUCAGCUCUUUUAUAUAUGAGGGUGUUAAAGUUUCUAUUUUAAAUAUUUCAUUGACAUAUGUAAAAUUUUGUAAUGCUUGCAUUAAAUUUGUGACUUUGACAAAAUUCUAGUAUUACAUAAUAUUACAUAUUGUAUUAGAAGCGAACAAUGCGAAAAUUAGCUUCGUUUCAUCUUCAUACGUUGAUACAUACCUAUCAUAUUAAAUCCUGAUUGAUCCUGAAUAAUAUUACCAUAGAUCUGGAUAUGCAUCGAGGAGUUAUUCGAAAUUGUUACAUAUUGCUAUCGACAAUUGUCCUCUACGUAAGAAUGUCGCUAUGUUCCUCCAAAAUCAUUUCUAGUAUUUUUUUUUACUUCUUUUAACGAAUAUAUUAAUUCAAGCUAAAUUAGAAUGCAGCGUCAAUUGAAAUAGUACCGAAAAUGAUAUGACAUAGAGUUAUAUUCAAAUGAUAAUUGUUCAUAUAUUGAAUUUCUUCGAUCUACUAUUACCGAUGCUAAGCCAAAGACUUAGCCUAAGUUGUAAGCGUAAAGGAAUAUCUGAAGCAUAGAGUGAUUAUGUAAGCGAUAUUAAAUUACCUUUUGCCACUGUAUCUACAAUUACAAGGAAAGGAUGAUUGUAUUGCCAGGCCUUAUAUAUUGUCACAUACUCUUGUAUAUAUACGUUCUGUCACAUAAUAGAAUCAAAAAAUAUUACUGAUCUAUAUUAAUCCGUGGUAAAGGGCGAGGAACGGCGGGAGGGAUGCACUUUUACCACAUUAGUACCUUCAGUAUUCAAGUUAAUACUGUGAAUCGAAUAAUUUUAUUUUGUUAAUAUGCGAUAGGAAAAUAUAAUAUAUAAUAGAUAACAAACAACACACAAAUAUACAUCAAUCACACACACAAACAAUACUACAUAUUAACAGGAUUCCCCGUUGUUGAUUUGAUAUUAAGAGAAUGAAUUGGAAAGGAAAGUGUAUUCUUAUUAGAAAUUUUCCCAGAAUCUAAAAGUUUGAUGUAAGUUAUAUUUUUAAAUUGCAGGUAUAUAUGUGUAUGUAUAUAUACAUACGUACUGCGUUACAGAUUUUAUCACAUCUGAACGCGCGCGUGCGCGCGCGUAUCAUAACGAUCUCAUAUACGAUUUUUGUCAUCAUUAAUGAAUGAUUGUCAUCGAAAAUGUUUUAUGCACACUGCCAUAUAUAAAAACUAUUCAUCAGGAUUAAUUUAUUAAGGAAGUGAGUGAAGUAUCUUUAACGACUGUUUUAUUUUAUAUAACAGACUUUUAACAGUUGUUUAAUCGAGUAUAUAUCUCAAUAAUUUAUCUAUUAAAAUCUUUAAUCCAAUUUAAAAGUCUCUAAGAUCGUAUGUAAUGCGUCCUGUUUCAAGGAUCGUAAACAAAAAAAAUUUGCCAUAUACAAUCAAGUAGUUAGAUAUGUAAUUCGUCUGGGCGACAGCUUAUUUUGCAAGAUAAGGGCAAGUGGUUAUAUAUAUAUAUAUGUACCUCUAUAUUAAUUAAUAAUUACGAAAUAUAUUGAAAAACAAUAAUUUUAUAUACUUUCAUAAAUAAUAAGAAUUUAUACUGUACAUAAUAAAAUAGGAGGAUAAUGCGAAAUUGUAUUGACUUACUGUUGCGACACUUAGAAUAAACGUUAUA